AAAAAGACAAACAAACAAGAAAGUGGUGUGUCUGUACAGCAGCAAAGAGUGCUCUAACUGCUACACAAGCAGGAAACCAACCUAAUCAACAACACACAUUUGAGACGAUGCUGAGAGUUGUGGGACAUCUGUUGUGUCUCUUUAUAUGCUGUCGGGGAGCUGGUUGCUUGACAGAGACACUGGUGGAACUUGGACAGAAUACAACCAUAAACUGUUCUCUUAACAUAGAAAGUGCAUACUGGUACAUUCAGCACCAACCACAGCCUCCACAGGCCAUACUCCACUCUUUCACUAGUAGUAAUCCUGCUGCUUUUUAUUACAAUAAGAAUUAUAGACAGAAAUAUUCAUUACUAACAGGACAUAGAUUGUUAAUACAGAAUGUAACAGUAGAUGAUUGUGGCGUGUUCUACUGUGCAAAAAAAGAAGAGGGUAGAUUGAUAUUUAGCAAUGGUACCAGACUCAUGACCGCUGAUGUUUAUGCUGACUAUCCCAAUCAGACAAACCAGACAUCCAGCUAUCCAAACCAGACAUCCAGCUAUCCAAACCAGACAUCCAGCUACAGGUCAUCAUGGGAGAACUGUCUUCUGUUCAUUUACAGUGUUCUGGAUGUUAUUCUGAUGGUUAUACUCCUGGUGCUAAUCUUGACCUUGCCAUGUCAGAACAGGAACUCUCCUUCAAAACUAACAUCAAGACGCCAAAUAGACCAGAGGUGCUGGUUGCCGGUUUGUGUGAUCCUGUUGAUUGGACCCCAAGUCUCUUCGCAGGUCAAAGUUGAAGGCUUCAAGGGAGAUAAUGUUAUCUUGCCUUGCACAUACAUUGAGAAGAAGGAGCAUAAAAAUGUCACCAUUUUUUGGCAAACCGCAAAUGAUGACCCUGUCUACAGUAUUAUUGAUGGAAAAGCAGAUUUGGCCAAGCAAUACUCUCAGUUCAUCAACAGAACCAGUAUGUUCUCUGAUGAGUGGACAAAUGGCAACUUCUCUCUCCUACUGAUUGAUCUCAAUAGCACAGAUAGUGGGAGUUAUUCAUGUUUCAUAACAACAGAGGACAUUCUUCGUCAAGUGGAACUUUCUGUUCAAGAGAAACCAACUCCUGAGCCUAAACCAACUCCUGAGCCUAAACCAACUCCUGAGCCUAAACCAACUCCUGAGCCUAAACCAACAAAUAGCAGCAGCGUGAGCCUCAGAGGACAGAACCUCCGCCCCUUCCUGUUUCUCCUCCUCAGUCAAAUGGUCUACCUUCUUUGACUCACAGCAUAGAAAUUGGUCAUUGUGCCAUUUUAUGUGGCUUUGUUUUGCAGCUUCUCUGUGUUCAAUUGUCUGAAAUAUCUUUUCUCGCUAUAUGUAUGAAAUAUGAAACUGAAAAUAUAGGCUACCACUUGCUAGAACUCUUUAUUAAUGUGAUGAGUAAAUGCAUAACACGUUUUUAAACAUGGGUAAUAUGUGAAAUCAAAAUAGGAAAUACAUUUGAAAUAGGGUUUGAAAUAGGGUUUGAAAUAAGAUUGUGUAGUGUGUCACUCCUAUCAAUAAAGCUUCAAUUACAAGGCUAUUAAAGUUAUAUACAGCCAAUUGACUGUCAUUUUGGUGAGAACUUGAGAUUGAACAUAUGUGUUUUUUGUUGUUUCAAUUAGCUUUUUCUUUUACUAAGACAUUUUCUUUAACUUAAAGUAAACCUUCACUUCCUCAAUACUCUUGAAUAAAGUCUGUUGCUAUUC